UUCCGCCUCAUUUGAGUAGGAGGCAACAAUAAAUGCAUUCCAUCGCACCUGAGAGGACUUUAAUCGACGGCACCGAGCAAGGCUGCUGUGCUCUGUGUGGCGCGAACACACCGCCCCUCGUUCGUUCGAGGCUCUCCACUUUCCAUCGACGGAAGGGGGCGGCUCGUCAAUCGCGACGGCAACAGGUACAGUCGCUCCUACAUUCCUCGCAACAACAACGGAGGAGGACUACGGAAGUUACCUGCCAGAUCACAGGAGCUCGCCGCAGGCCCGAAAGGACGCGGAAUUACCGCCGAGGAGAGUGAGGGGCUUUUUCUUCCCCACCCCAAUUCAUUUUUUUUAUUUUUCAAAAUUGUUUUCAAUCCAAUUUCUGGCUGCUAAUCAUGUCAGGACACAGGAGGCAGCCCAGCAUAGAGCUACUGGAGUUAAUGGGAGUUGUUAGAGAGAAUGGCAAUGAACAGAUGUCACUCCCUCCUUUGAUACAGUACAACCCCCUCUCAUAUGACUAUGUCCUGGUUGCAAAAACGAGAGAGCACAUGGAUCGAGAGGCCAUCAAGAAGCAAAUUGAAUUCAUUGAGGAACUGAAAAAGAAGAAUUUUAAAGUCACAAAAAUUCUAGACGAUGACCUAGUCUUCUUUGGCAUGCAAGCUCCUGUAGAGGUUUUUGAAAAGUACAGAUAUCUGCUCAAAGUUUCCGAUGCCUGUAACUGGAGCUCGGACCAGAACAACGUGCCUCUCAGCACCAGGAUAAGGGUUGUCCACUUCAUCUUGAAUCACACACCUAUCAGUUCAGGAGAGGGUCUGCGAGAGCUCAUGAAGAUGAAGGUUUUCGAGGCGAGGUUCUGCCUGCAUGAGAAAAAGAAACAGCGAGAGCUGACGGAAAGCUGGGCUCGAUGGACUGCUUGUUUCCAAGGGCAACCCAUUACUGCCGUCAGGAACUACUUUGGGGAGAAGGUGGCCUUGUACUACCUGUGGCUGGGCUGGUACACGUAUAUGCUCAUCACUCCAGCUCUCAUCGGGGUCAUCGUCUUCCUCUAUGGCAUUGCCUUCUUCAACACGUCGCCCCUCAUAAAGGAGGUCUGCGAUGUCGAUUUGGUCAUGUGCCCUCUUUGUGACAAGAGAUGCAAAGUGUGGCUGCUGUCCGACACGUGUACCUACGCCAAGGUGAGUUUGCUCUUUGACAACAAUGGCACGGUGCUGUUUGCCAUGGUAAUGGCAGUAUGGGCCACACUGUUUUUGGAGUUCUGGAAAAGGCAUCGAACUUCCUUUGUGUGUGAAUGGAAGGUGUCUGAUUGGUGUGAGGAGGAGGAGGAACUAAUCUUAGAGAUUGUCAACGAUGUUAACUGCAAACCUAAAAAAUUCAAGCACUCCUAUUUUCGCAGCACUCUUGUUUUGAUCUGUGUCACAAUCAUGAUACUGGUCAUCAUUGGUCUGACGCACGCACUGGUGGUGUUCAGGGUGAUCGUAGCGGUGCAAUUGGCCGAGGGAUCAUGGGAGUUCAUGAGCACGCAUUCCAACAGCGUAGCCAUGAUGCUGGGAGCCGUCCUCCAUUACCUGAUCAUCACCGUCAUGACCAGGGUCAACAGGAUCGUGGCCAUGAAACUCUGUGAAAUAGAGAAAACCAGAUCCUUUGCUGCCACUGAGAGGAGUUUCACCGUCAAGAUGUUCACCUUUCAGUUCUUCACCUAUUUCUCCUCGCUCUUCUACGUAGCCUUUUUUCUCGGCAGGAUCAAUGGUCAUCCAGGUCAUUAUGUGCGUAUUGCGAGUAAAUGGAGGUUAGAAGAGGUGAGUAAGCAUGCUACAACUCCAUUUUUCUUUGGAGUGAGCAUUUUUCAUUUGCAUAUCACUGUUUUCCAUCCAUCCAUCCAUCCAUCCAUCCAGUGUCAUCCCAGCGGAUGUCUCACAGACCUCUUUAUCCAAAUGGCCAUCAUAAUGGUCCUGAAGCAAACCAUUAGUAAUGUCUUUGAGUUCACCGGCCCGUGGUUUGGCAAGUGGUUGAAGAGGAAAAGAACUCACAAGCUUCAGAGAAAAUGCGCCCACUGCUACCUAAAAGAAGAAUCUCAGGCUAAACAUGGAGCUGCGCUGUGCGAUAACUGCAAGCUGCGUGACUGGCUGAACAACUACCGCCUCAAUGACGUGGACUCCUUCAGCCUCUUCAAAGAGUUCCUGGAGAUGGUGAUCCAGUUCAGCUUCACCACCAUAUUUGUGGCAGCGUUUCCUCUCGCUCCACUGCUGGCCCUCAUCAAUAACAUUAUUGAGAUUCGCUUGGACGCCAUUAAGAUGGUCACCCUGGAGCGCAGAAUGGUUCCCAAGAAGACCAAUGAUAUUGGUGUGUGGAUAAAUUUGUUGGAGGCUAUUGGCGUCUUAGCUGUCAUUGCAAACGGCCUCGUCAUCGGCGUGUCUUCAGACUUCAUCCCUCGACUUGUGUACCGUUACCGCUAUGGACCUUGUGUCAACAGCACGGCGACAGAUAUCGAUUGCAUGGUUGGCUACAUAAACAAUACUCUAUCCAUUGCCACCAUGGAUAACCCGGAAAUUCGCAAAGAGUUUUCCCCGCAUCAGAUGGAAACUCCUAAUGGAAUGAAUGUCUUGUCCUGCAGCUAUAAAGACUACAGGGACAGUGAGGACUACAACCUUACUCCACAAUUCUGGCUUAUUUUAGCUGUGCGCUUUGCAUUUGUCAUCUUGUUUGAGCACAUUGUGGUCAUAUGCAAAUUUAUCACAGCCUGGUUCGUACCAGCUGCGCCCAUGCGGGUCAAGAACGACAGUCUCUUUGAUAAAUUCAAAAGACUCAAAGAGGAGCUCAGGUCGUUUGAAGAGAGCCAGCGCUGACGUUUUGCUGGAGCAAAUGGAAUGUGAACUCAGUGUUGCCUUGCGCAUUGAAAGCGUCCCAACGAUCACAGUUGAGUUGAGUCAACUUCCGAGCCAUUAAUCACGUUGAAGUGUUCAGAUAGAGAGCUCUGACUCUCCAUCUUUUAUAAUGGCUGUGUGGAUUCUCACAUAUGAAAUGAACAGGUGUAUUCUUGGACUAAACAGGUGUCCGCUCAGUCAUUUUGCUGUUGUCUACAAUGAGAUUGUUGGUAUUCUAUUGUAAGAAUGCACCGAAUGUUUAUUUUUUUUAAUUGAUGUGUGACUUUUAUUGGUGGUUCUCACCUUAUGAUAAUUUAUACUGCUGGUCCAAAGUCUGUACUGGUACUAUUACAAUGUUGCCUUAUGUUGUGAAAGGCUUUGUGGUAAUCACCGUUCUUGCAGGGAGACUGACAGCGGGCAUAGAAAUGUUGUGCAUCGUAAUGUUUUCUAAGAAUAAAAGAAUCCUCACAGAAAUGUUUGCCUUGAGUGUGACAGUUAAAUGUGGUCAAGCGAAUGCCAAAUUACACAUUUAUGAGAACAAACAAAUGCAUGUAAAUCGACUUCUGCCUGAUUAUUUUACAUAAACAUUUACAAUUGUU